CAAUCAUGUCAUUUGAUUCUUCAACUCUUCAAACCCUAAAAUUUGAUCUAGGGUUUCCACUUCCCCCACUGAUCUCUUGUUCUGAGAAUUCUGAUCUUUCCGGUGCUCUAGCGAAUCCUUCAUCAAUUUUAUCUAUUUGUUGUUCAAAACCCUUCAGAUUGUUGCGAUCUCUUCAAAUCCUCGUUGUUUUCUUUGUGAAAAUCCUCCCUUGGUUUAUGGUUCCGUGUUAGAGAAAAGCUGAAAUCUUUUUUGGGUUAUUAUUAUUUUUCUUUCUCAUCUUCAUAAAUUGAAUCAUUGAAGUGAAUGGCGACAUCUUUGGACCUGUCUCUCGAUGAUAUUAUCAAGAACAAAAAUGCAAGUGAGAGAGGGCGAGGAAGAGGGAGAGGAAGGGGUAGAGGCCUAGGCCGAGGUCGUGGCCGUGGUUUGGGCCAAGGUCGAGGUGGCAACUUCAGUGGAAGGACAAGAGGUGUUCCUCGACAAGGGCCUCUUGGGGUUAAUGCACGGCCAUCUCCUUAUAAGAUAGCUAAGUCUUUCAGCAGAGCAAAGGAUGCGAUUUGGCGUCAUGAUUUGUUCAAUGAUAGCAUGGUUGCUGCUGGGUUAGCAGGAAUUGAAACAGGCACAAAAUUAUACAUUUCCAACCUGGAUUAUAGAGUGUCAAAUGAGGAUAUAAAGGAGCUUUUUUCUGAGGUUGGUGAUUUGAAGCGAUGUGCAGUUCACUAUGACAGAAAUGGGCGCCCAACUGGAUCUGCUGAGGUGGUAUAUGUGAGAAGAAGCGAUGCCUUGGCUGCUUUUAAACGAUAUAAUAAUGUUCAGCUCGAUGGAAAACCUAUGAAAAUAGAAGAGAUAGGCCCUAAUAUUGGCCUGCCUGUUACUCCUCGGGUAAACAUAGUUGAUGUGAUCAAUGGAAGAGGAAGGAGAACAGUUGUGAUGAUGCCAAAAGCCGGUGGUGGUGAAGGUGGCUAUGGACCCUUCAAUCGUGCAUCUGGAUGGAAUCGUGGAGGUUUCCGAGGGAGAGGCCGAGGCCGUGGCCGUGGACGUGGCGGGCGUGGCCGAGGCCGUGGGAGGAGCCAACCUGUGGAGAAAUCAGCAGCUGAGUUGGACAAGGAGCUGGAGACUUAUCACACCGACGCAAUGAACACUUCAUGAUGUGGCAUGGACUGUAACAAAUGGAACUGUAGGAUUUACUCUGCUUUGCUUGUGAGCUUGUUAUUAUCUUGUCAUUAGAAUCACAAACUUUGCUGCUGUUGAGAUUUGAAGUUUUUAUGUGUCUCGGAACCUUUGUAGUAAUCUGAUAAUCAUUCUGUUUAGGAGUAAAAGUUUGGUUUGCUUGUGUGGUUA